CAGAAAAGUUUCCAGUUUCUGCUGGUGGUCUCAGACUGACUCGUUUCCGGUUCCUCUCCGUGCCGUCGGUGGCCCUAAACGUGUCCUGACAAAAUGGCACUUUAUAACUUUAAAAAGAUUAUGGUGGUUCCUACCGCCAAGGAAUUCAUCGACAUCACUUUAUCCAAAACACAAAGGAAGACGCCCACGGUGGUCCACAAACAUUACCAGAUCCACCGCAUCCGACACUUCUACAUGCGGAAAGUAAAGUUUACCCAGCAGAACUAUCACGACCGGCUCACGCAAAUCCUCACAGACUUCCCAAAACUCGACGACAUCCAUCCUUUUUAUGCUGAUCUGAUGAACGUGUUGUAUGACAAGGAUCACUACAAGCUGGCCUUAGGACAGAUUAACAUCGCCAGAAACUUGAUUGAUAACGUGGCGAAAGACUACGUGCGCUUGAUGAAAUAUGGAGAUUCUUUGUAUCGGUGUAAGCAGCUGAAGAGAGCUGCUUUGGGCCGAAUGUGCACCAUCCUGAAACGACAGAAAUCCAGUCUGGAGUAUCUGGAGCAAGUUCGUCAGCACCUGUCCCGUCUGCCGAGCAUCGACCCGAACACCAGGACCCUGCUUCUGUGUGGUUACCCCAAUGUGGGCAAAUCCAGUUUCAUCAACAAGGUCACCAGGGCAGACGUUGAUGUCCAGCCGUAUGCUUUCACCACAAAGUCUCUGUUUGUGGGUCACAUGGACUACAGGUACCUCCGCUGGCAGGUGGUGGACACCCCCGGUAUCCUGGACCAUCCCCUGGAGGAGAGGAACACCAUCGAGAUGCAGGCCAUCACGGCUCUAGCUCACCUUCGUUCAGCCAUCCUUUACGUCACUGACGUGUCUGAGCAGUGCGGACACACCCUGCAGGAGCAGCUGGAGCUUUUCAACAACAUCCGGCCUCUGUUCACCAACAAGCCUCUCAUCAUUGUUGCAAACAAAUGUGACGUGAAGAAGAUCAGUGAGCUGUCGGAGGAGAAUCAGAAAAUCUUUGCGGACUUCACGGCGGAGGGAAUCCCCGUCAUUGAGACGAGCACGCUGACGGAAGAAGGAGUCAUGCAGGUUAAAACUGAGGCAUGUGACCAGCUUCUGGCUCACCGGGUCAACACCAAGAUUAAAGGCAAGAAGGUCCACGAUGUUCUGAACAGGCUGCACCUGGCCAUGCCUGCCAAGAGGGAUGAGAAGGAGAGGCCCCCGUUCAUCCCCGAAGGAGCUCUGAAUCGUAGGAAAGCGAUGGAGGUGGACGCUCCCAAACGCAAACUGGAGAGAGACCUGGAGAUGGAGCUCGGCGAUGAUUAUGUUCUGGAUCUGCAGAAAUAUUGGGACCUGAUGAAUGAGGAUGAGAAGCAAGACACCAUUCCUGAAGUGUGGGAGGGUCACAACAUCGCUGAUUACAUCGAUCCUGAUAUUAUGAGGAAACUGGAGGCUCUAGAGAAGGAGGAGGAGCUUAAGGAGCGAGCCGGCGAGUACGAGUCGGACGAGGAGAGCGAGGAUGAAGAGAUGCAGGAGAUCCGAACUCUGGCCAAGCAGAUCAAAGAGAAGAAGCAGCUCAUGGUCCUGGAGUCGAAAGAAAAGGAUGUACAUGGACCUCGCAUGCCCAGAACCGCAACCAAGGUGGAGAAGAAGCAGCUGGAGAAGGAGAUGAGUAACCUCGGUCUGGACAUGAGUGACAAGAGCAACAGCCACUACGCUCAGCAGGGCCAGCGUUCUCGCAGCAUCACCAGGAAACGGAAACGCGAAGCUUCGGCUCCUCCCACGUCCAAAACCCGCAGUCAGAGCGCCUCCCGUCCUCCUCGAGACCAGUCUGGUCUGAGAGAUGGAAAGAUGGUGAAGAAGACAAAGAAAAUGAUGAAGAACUCCCAGAGAGACAUGAACCGGCAGGCCAGGAGAGGAGAGUCUGACCGACACGUGUUUGACCUGAAACCCAAACACCUUCUGGCUGGAAAGAGGAAGUCAGGCACCAAAGAUCGCAGAUAAAACAGCUCUUUUUCUGGACUGGAGCAAACAAUUCAUAAUAACCAUGCUACUCAUUUUCCUUGUUAAGGAAUGCUAAAGCAAAGACUCAAAAACCUGUUAGUUAUUGGGUAAUUUCUUCAGUGAAGUUACUGUCGUAUUUAGAUUCUGAUUUCAGAAAACUGUCUUCAGCCUCAUCCUUCCUUUUUCUCUCAGUAGUAAAAUGACUUAUGCUGGACAGCAUCUUUCAUUUGGUUCAGGAGAUCUUGAGCCUACUUUGGAUAAAGUGAUGUUGAUGUUUUCUUGUAAAAUGAUAAACAAGGAAGCAGAUUAAAUACACACAUGAUCUAAA